AUGAGAGACGAUGCGGCGAGCAGCGCGGUUGAUGUGACCCGCGAAGAUGCGGAGUGUCCCGUUCUAGCAGAGCGCUCUGACGAGAACGAGCAGGAAGUUGAUGAAGACGUCGAAGAGAUCGAAGAGGAAGUCGGAAAGGAGUCCAGCAUCGUGGCGGAGUACUUCCCGGGAAAUCUCGACGAGACGCCGAGUGCUAGAAAUGGCUACCUCACCGAACGGUCGGACCGGUUCUCCAUGCUCUCGGUCGCAGGUGAUGCUGCGAUGCCGGAAUCUUUGCCGAUUCUGCUGGUGUUGUUUGCAUGUCUAAUUGCGGCGCUGUUGGGAGCCCUUGUGGCCGGUCUCCACACCAUGAUCAAAUACGUCGGCUGUCCUCUUGGGACGAACGGCUGCAACAGCUUUUCAGGCUACGAGUAUGAAAAGAAGGGCUUCCUGUUGGUCAAAGCCCUGGAGGGAUAUGUUCCCGAAGCCGUUGUCAACGUCGUCAUGGCGAUGGUGUGCAUGUUGGCAAUCGGCAUAGUCGCGGAUGUGUUCCCUGAACGCUAUGGGAAGCAGGUCCUUGGGGGCGGCACAGUGCAAUCACUUCUGGCGGUUGCUGCUGGCAUUCCCAUAGCCUUCAGAUGUGCAGCUCUUCGGGUUGUGAUCAUGGCAUUAUACUUCACCGGUGGAGGCACAAUGGGCGGAGAUGGGCCUACAAUCCAGGUUUGCACUGCGGUGGCGGGUAUGAUCGGAUGGAUAUGUGGGAUUCGAGCGCCGCGGACGCAGUCCCUUCUAGCAUCGUUGGGCUUUUGCUGCGGCUUCGCGUCGAGCUUCAAUGCACCUCUGUCCGGGAUUCUUUUUGCCAUGGAGGAGCUCUCGCACGUGUCGUCACGCUUGACGACACGUGUGAUUUGUAUCAUUCUGGUUGGCUCCAUCGUCUCCACAGCAGUCAUGCGCGGACUUCUUGAGAACAAGGUGCUGUUCAAGGCGGUCUACCCAGACAAUCUGGAAGACAUGGUGGCAGGCGGAUCGAUUGAGACAAUCUUUGGCAAGAGCAUGUGGAUGCUAGUGUCCAUAGGCAUUGGCUUGCUUUGCGCAUUUGUCGGAUAUAUCUUUCACAAGGGUUUCGGCUUCACCCACUGGCUCCUUACGAAGAAGGUUUAUGAAUGCUGCCCAAGAUAUUUGGUCUUUAUGAUCCUGGGUGGGAUGACUGCGGGUAUUGGGGCCUUGGUCUUCCACCUCACAGGCCUUCGUGGUGUUUGGGGAAUCGGCAUCAAGGAUCUGGGCGAAGUCCUGGUGCAGAACCCCAACAUAAAGGCCGUCGAUUUGUUGAUCUUCGCCCUUGGCAAGCUUGGGGCUUUCAUGCUGGGAGUCUCGGCGCGCUUCCCGGGCGACACCCUGGAGCCCGUCUUGAUCUCUGGUGGAUUUAUCGGAGGAUUCGUGGGGAAGGUUUUGCCUGACUCCGUGCUGGGAGAGGAGGCCAAUGCUGCCUGCGAGAUCUUCGGCAUGGUGGGACUCUUUGCAAGUUGCUUCAGAUUUCCCGUGACCCCAGUGGUCAUCGUGCUCGAGCUAACCGGGACCCGCACGUACAACAUCAUCUUGCCCGUGGCCUUGUCUUCUUUCACGGCCCUGGCGGUCUCCAACCAUCUCUUUCCUCCUAUCCUGGAGCAGAUCCUGCACCAGGAUGGCAUCGACCUGGAAGCAGUUGCCGAAUUGGCUGAGUUUGCCGACGAUGAAGAGCUCAGUAUGCGAGAUCUCGAGGAGGCAGAAGCCCGAAGUGUGGGAAGCCACAGCCACAGCGAGAAGCAGGUAGAGGGCGAAGCCUCCCAGGAUGGAUCGCACUUCGAGACAAAGAGGACGAAUUCGAUGGAAUCGUGGGGACAACGGGCUGGUCGCCAUUCGACCUUCCAGGUUGUCAUCGGAAGAUUGGAGGAAAGCAUGUUUGAUGUCUCCUCCCACGACCGCACGGAUCGACGACGUGCCUCCGUCAUGGAGCAGGUAACUUCACGUCCGGGCCUCACCUUGGAAGUUGCAGCUGCUGUCGCGGAUGCAGCCACUGCUGCGUCGACGGAUGUUGAU